GACUGAAGCAAUGGGAGCUGUGUGGGCAUUGCUGUUUUGUCUGCUGACUGUUUGGCUCGUCAAAGGCUCUUGUUUGCCAGUUGGUGGCACAAAUGAAGGACUUGAUGCGCUGCAGAGGAGAAUAAGAGAUGUGUCUCCCAAUGAUAUCUCCAUAAAGAAGGCCCUUGCACUUCUCCAGUCAAUGGAGACCAUGUUGGAGCAUAAUGCUAAAGAAGUACAACUGGAAACCAAUGAAGUGGAAGCUGAGGCAUCAGUCGGUCACCUGAAACUUGUACAACAGACUGGACCAAAAGAGCUCAAAACACAGAAAGAUGACUACGAUUCACACAUGGCAAGCGGCAGCGUGACUCCACCGGCCAGCUACCACCACAACAAUGUAACUGUAGCCAACGGCUUGAGGAGCAACAACGUGACUGCGGCCAGCGACCAGGAGAGCGGCAACGUGACUGCGGCCAGCGACCAGGAAAGCGGCAACGUGACUGCGGCCAGCGACCAAGAAAGCGGCAACGUGACUGCGGCCAGCGACCAGGAGAGCGGCAACGUGACUGCGGCCAGCGACCAGGAGAGCGGCAACGUGACUGCGGCCAGCGACCAAGAAAGCGGCAACGUGACUGCUGCCAAUGACAAUGGAGCUGUUGAUGAAGUCACAGAGAUGGGACCUGACCAUGGCAACAGCAGCAACGUGACAGAGGCCAGCGAUGAUGGAGCUGUUAAUGAAGCCGCAGAGAUGGGACCUGAAAGUGGCGCAGCUGUGACAAAAAUGAGCAGAGUCGGAGCUAAAACUCCAAAACUGAUCACGAACUCGCACGGUCAUGGAGAGCCCAAGUUAAAGUAGGGAAUACAUGUGAGGAACUAUGCAAGAGCUCAUUCUGAAUGCAAGAUGUUUCAUUCUGCAUGUACCUGCUUUUAUCUCUCUGCUUUAAAUAAAAC